AUGGAGGACACACCACCAAGCAGCACCACGCCGGCCCUCCGCGGCUUCGACAUAGGAGCCGACCGCCGCAGCGUCGCGCGCGUCAAGGGAGGCACCUACGAGGGCGUCGUCCAGGAGAAGGACGACUUCUCCUGGGAGCCCAGAAGGUGGUCGAUCAGACCCGCGCGGCUCCUCUAUGCCUACGCACCAAAUAGCAACGAGCCGUCCGUGAUCUACGACGUCGACGCGUUCCCGCGCACGGAAUUGAAUAAGGAGGUGGCGUGGGAGGGCGCGGUCCGGGCGCGGUUCCGCGACGGCGACGAGCUUUUGAGGUUCAAACGCGGACUGGAGGAGGCCGACUGUUCGAAAUGGCGGCGCCGCGCCGAUGCUUCUGAAGCUAAAGCAGCGGCCUAUGAGGCGCUGGCGGCGCAGCAUAGAAGGCGCUUCGUCGAGGCCGAGGCGGCGCGCGACGCGGCCGCUCAAAACGUGCGCUUGGAGAGCGAAAGGGCGGACGAGCUCGAGGCGGCGUUGCAUGACGCGCGUGAUGACGACGCGCCGCGGUCCUCCACAAGAGCUCGGCCGCGCGAGGCGUCAAAAGCGAUCGCGCGCGCGCGCGACGAUAUUGUAGAUGACGCGCGCGCGGCUUCCGCAGCGAAUGACGCCCGUUUGGUUGAGGCCCUCGCCGACGUGCGCGCCGCGCAUGAAGAACGGGACGCGACGCGGCGCCGGUGCGAGGCCGCGGAGGAAUCGAGGAGGGACCUCGAGGCGCGCCUCGCGGACUUCACUGUGAAUGGGCGCGGCGGCGAGGAGCUCCAGCGGUGCAAGAAGGAGCGCAAGGUGCUGAUCCGGGCCGUCCGGGAGCUGCGGCGGCGCGUGCGCAAGUUAAGAGAGGCCGACCGCAAGGCCGACGCCGUGUCGGCCUACUGGGGGUCCGGCCAGGAGCCCGUCGUCGCCUCCACGCAACGCGCCGACGACGACUGGAUCGAGGUCUACCUAAAGGAGCUCCACGUCUCCGACGACGAGGACGAGGCGCCGCCUGCACCACCGCCUUCACUACCACGGGACGGGGACGCCUUCGACGCCGCGGCGGCCGCGGCGCGGGACACGGCGGCGGCGGCGGCGCGCUUCGUGCGCGCGCGGCUGCCGGCGCCCUCGCCGACGACGCGGGAGCCGCGGGUCGAGGCCAUUUGA